UUGACACAUUUGAAGUGAUAGGGCGCUUACCAUGCGCGAAUUCAAUCACACAAAGAGUCAUGCCCAGGACCAUGACUUUGUGGUUUCCUUUGCAAGCUCGGUAUGGUCUACGAGUCAUUUUGACUCAGGAUCUUGGCGUUAGUCAAAAAGGUCAUUCCACCUAAAACCGUGAUGAUGCGCCAUUCCAGGUUCGUAAGCCAAUUUUGUGGGUUUUCCUCGUCGUACCGCGCAUUCGAGUGUACGAGGUUAUCCGUGUCGCUUGUCCCCUUUGAUGGUGACCGAUCCUCUCGUGUCUACUCCUCAUCUUUAUUCGAAAUUUGUUCAUCCGGCUGGAGUCCGACAUCAAGUUUUUCGCACCGUGUAGAAUUCCCGUCGCUGUUUUCUAACGCUUACUCGCUUAUCGUAUGA